CUGUAGUUUAUAAUGACAAUACUGCUUUAAGCUUAAAGUCACAUAUUCAUCUAAAUUAGAAACGAGUAAAAAAUCGCUACCAAAAUUUUAUUACAUGCUUAAUUGUUUAUACCCUAUGCAACGUCAUCUUUUAAGAACUAGACUAGAGAACACUGUGCCUCACAAUGGAUCAAAUUAUGAUUCAGUUCUUUUUUCUAUUUCUUUUUUCCGAGAACAACUCGUCACUAACAAAAUGCUCCAGUGUUGAGGUGGAACUGGAGUGAUACAAUGUCAGUUUUAAUAGACUUGUUGCCUUCCGGUACAUGAAUUUCCGUGUACUUAUCAUUCACUAAAAAUGUCUGGGUAUUGUUGCUGCAACGUGAAGCAAGCCACCCUCAGAAUUGGAGUGUCAACUGUAAUCUAUGGCAUCAUCUCCAUUAUCGUGACUUCCAUAUGGGUAAAUGACAUGAUCAGCCGUCCAGAUAAAAUUAAGAGGAUUAAUUUCCUUGGAAAUCUAAUUCCGACCAGUAGUUACAUUACGAUCGGCUGCAUCCUAAUCUUCAUGUCGGUCGUGUACUUGAUCCUGGCGUGCGUCAUGGUGUACGGACAUCUCAGCCGCAAUCACCGCUUAAUUAUGCCCUGGUUGAUCUGGAGCUACGUGACCAUUUUCUUAGUCGCUGUCGCGGCUUUAAUACUGUUGGUUAUUAAUGGGCGAUGGAAUAAUUCUGGUGAAAUUAUCUUUGUCGCCCAACUUGAGCUUUUUCUCACAAUGUGUGUCAUCGUUGUACGAAAAUUCGUCUCCGAUUUGAAAGAAGAGACGGGUCAGGAAAUUAUAUAAUAGUAAGCAGUAUUUAUUAGUAAGAACAGCAAAUGGCGAAAAUUACUUUAAUUUUGUAUCUCAUUAAAAAUGAGAAAGGAAUUAAGUAAAGACUUAACCAUCUUUAAUUACUAUGGAUGUAUCACUAUUUUAUGUAUUGUUAGCCAUCGAUAUUUUUAUUUUUAAAUAUAAUAGAAUUAGGUAGUUAAAUAAAUUGUACAUAGCUAAGGGAUUGAUGAAGUUAAAUUGUUUGUAUCGUGAAGAGAUUCAAAUAAAUGAUUUUGUAAGUAAA